GUUGGUGUUCACGAUGACGGGAGGCCGGGCAUCGCACCAGCCACACCACUUCCACUCCAGCCACACCUUUAAAGUGGCUGGUGCCUUCCUACCUUCCCGGCCUGGGUGGAUCCACCCUCCCCCAGCUUCCCUUUUCAACCUGAGGCACCCUUGCGUCUAGCCUCGCCCGUCAACCUCUCGCAGCAACACGCAGCUCAGGUUGCCUGAAGCUCUGAUCUCAAGGCUCCAGAUUCCCCAAUUCCAAACCACGUCCCGCCAUCGUCAUCCACCACCACGAGCUCUCUCCCACGACCAGACAACGUGCCUACGACACCCACUUCAUCACGACUCCUUUCGACGCCCAACGAACCCUCCAGUCCUCAAGAUUACACACCCGAAGCUUUCCCCGAAUACCCCAAGCUCUUCUAAUUCACAAUGACGUCGAUAGGCACAGGUUAUGACCUGAGCAACUCCAUCUUCUCCCCCGACGGCCGCAACUUCCAAGUCGAGUAUGCCGUCAAGGCCGUCGAGAACGGUGGCACAUCCAUCGGUAUCCGGUGCAAGGGUGGCGUCGUCCUCGCUGUCGAAAAGAUCAUUGCCUCCAAGUUAUGGAAGCCCAAUGCCAACAAGCGUAUUGCUACCAUUGACAGACAUCUCGGUGUUGUCUACUCAGGCAUGAUCCCCGAUGGCCGCCACUUCGUUGACCGCGCCCGUGAAGAAGCCCGCGGCUGGCGCGACACCUUCAAGACUCCCAUCUCCACCGCCGACCUCGCAGCCCGCAUGGGCGGCUACCUCCAAGCCUACACUCUCUACUCCUCAGUCCGUCCAUUCGGUAUUACCGCCAUUGUCGGUGGUUUCGACCCUUCUACCGAGACCCCCGUUGACGGCGAAGUUGGUUCUGGCCCCAAGGUCGGUGCCGGCGGCAAGGACACCACCAAGAAGCACGGUGGUCCCUUCCUCUACAUGAUCGAACCUUCCGGUCUCUACUGGGGUUACUACGGUGCUGCUACUGGCAAGGGCCGUCAAGCCGCCAAGGCAGAGCUCGAGAAGCUCGACCUCGCUGAGGGCGGACUGACGUUGGAGGACGCCGUUAAGGAGGCUGCCCGCAUCAUCUACGUCGCCCACGACGACAACAAGGACAAGGAGUUUGAGCUCGAGAUGAGCUGGAUCAGUGACAUUGACGGCCCCACUAAGGGCCGCCACGAGGAGGUGCCCAAGGAGCUGCGCGAGGAGGCGGAGCGGUUUGCCAAGAAGUCACUCGAGGGCGAUGACGACGAUGACGAGGACAAGAAGGAGGACGACAAGAUGGAGGAGUAGGAUACCGACAGCGAGGCGUGAAGGGGUCCUGGUGAUGAGUAGAGCGGUGGCCUUACGACAGAAUGAGACGAAAUCAAAAAAAGAAAUCUGUCAAACACAACACAGGGGAAGCUGUCACCGUUUGGGGGAUGGCGUUCCAGAGGACCUUUGUGUACUUGUAAAAACACCAUGAUGAGGGCUAUGGCGGCUGGAUCAUAGACUAAUGAGACCUGGUUUGGGCAAGACUUGGAAUUGCAAUGACUUGUGUGAAGCGUGAUUGUCGCUGGCGAGGCCCAAGAUGAGGUGCUGGGUCAAGCGAUGGCCUCGUCUUUCAACUACCUGCUCCGGCAAUUUCCAGUGCCUCUGUCCCACGUCAUAGGUUUCUGGUCCUUUACGACCAAAGAGAUUAGCAAUUCCAGACAUGGCCGUCUCGCCCAAUCAAGCUACAGGCAGAGACACAGAAACGUCCUCUAUCUCUAUUCUGGCUGCAAGAGGAGUAUGGGCGGUCUGGGUGUCUUUUCGCUU